AUGGCAGACCUCCAGGGGCGCAAGGUCUUCAAGGUCUUCAACCAAGACUUCAUCGUCGACGAGCGGUACACCGUGACCAAGGAGCUCGGUCAGGGCGCAUAUGGCAUCGUCUGCGCCGCCGUGAAUGGCCAGACCAACGAGGGCGUCGCUAUCAAGAAGGUCACCAAUGUUUUUAGCAAGAAGAUCCUGGCCAAGCGUGCCCUGCGCGAGAUCAAGCUGCUGCAGCAUUUCCGGGGGCAUCGAAACAUUGCAUGCCUCUAUGACAUGGACAUUCCUCGUCCCGAUAACUUCAACGAGACAUAUCUCUACGAGGAGCUUAUGGAAUGCGACCUGGCAGCCAUCAUCCGUUCGGGCCAGCCCCUGACCGACGCCCACUUCCAGUCCUUCAUCUACCAGAUCCUCUGCGGUCUCAAGUACAUCCACUCGGCCAACGUCCUGCACCGCGACCUCAAACCUGGCAACUUGCUUGUCAACGCCGAUUGCGAGCUGAAGAUCUGCGACUUUGGCCUGGCUCGUGGCUUCUCAGUCGACCCGGAGGAGAACGCUGGGUACAUGACCGAAUAUGUGGCAACCAGGUGGUACCGCGCGCCCGAGAUCAUGCUCAGCUUCCAGAGUUACACCAAGGCCAUUGACGUGUGGUCUGUCGGCUGUAUUCUUGCUGAGCUGCUCGGAGGCCGGCCCUUCUUCAAGGGUCGCGACUACGUCGACCAGCUCAAUCAGAUCCUCCACAUCCUCGGCACACCCAACGAGGAGACACUCUCGCGCAUCGGCUCGCCCCGUGCGCAGGAGUAUGUGCGCAACCUGCCGUUCAUGCCCAAGAAGCACUUCCCCGCGCUGUUCCCCAACGCGAACCCAGACGCGCUCGAUUUGCUGGACAAGAUGCUCGCGUUCGAUCCCUCAAGCCGUAUCAGCGUCGAGCAGGCCCUCGAGCACCCCUACCUUCAGAUUUGGCACGAUGCUUCGGACGAGCCGGACUGCCCGACCACCUUCAACUUUGACUUUGAGGUCGUCGACGAUGUUGGGGAGAUGCGCCGCUGCAUCUUGGACGAGGUGCAUAGGUUCCGCCAAAGCGUGCGAACAGCGCCAGGGAGUGGUGCGCAGGGCGGCGGACCUAAUCAGCAGCAAGUGCCGGGUCAGGUACCCAUGCCUCAGAACAAUGGACAGUGGACAGCCGAGGACCCGCGUCCGCAGGAGUAUGUCGGACAGCAUGGCGGGCUUGAGCAGGACUUGGCCGGUGGGUUGGAUGCGUCGCGGAGGUAA